AUGUUCAUGAUUCCUACACAACCGAACGUUGGAACCCAUCAGAUCAAGCAUUUGACUGGUUCAGAGAUCGGAAAGGCCCUGGGCCGUGGCAACAACCCAGAUACCGAACCGGACUCUGAAUUCGUUCUCGCAAGCAAUCAACCAGGAGAUAUAGUUCCACAAGAGAUUAUCAGUCCGACAAAAGAAGAACAAGAGAUAGAGGAUCGCGAGGCGAUCAAGGCCAUUUCAAGGGAGCUAUCGAAACUGGAUAAUGAAGGCGCCGGAUCGGUGGAGGUGAACAAAGAAAAAAGUCACUUCAAUGACAAGUUGGAGGAGGUGGACGCUACAAGUGAUACAAAGGGCAGACUAGUUGUGAAAGAAGAGGAAACAAAUGCCGUCGACGAGCAUGUAAAGGUGUUUGAUGAGCCUGUUUCAAAAAAGGAAGAGUCUGAGGGAAAGCCACUUUCGGCCUACGAAAAACCCGAAGAUACCUCCUUUACGUCAGAAAGAAGUCACAACUCAAAUGAUCGUAACGAAGACUAUCAAUCAGGCCCAAAGUCUGAGUCGCAACCGGAACCUGCGAAGAAACAGACCAAGGCUAAUUCUAGGAGGCCUAAAAAUUUGGGCAAAAUUAGCGACAACAGAGUUUUAGGCACCGAAGAUGGACCACCAAGCUCAAAAAGAUUGGCUCAAAGAUCAAGAUGA